AUGGGCGAUUCAUCAAUGACCAACGGCGAGAAGCCAUCCUCCCAGUUCCUCUCUCACCUCACUUCCCUCCCCCUCGUCUCCGACAGCAUAGAGACCUACAAGUCCAACCCCUACGGCCAAAAGACCCUCAACCUCGCCACCUCGACCUACGACCGCUUCGGCGCGCCCUUCGUGCCCUACCUGCAGGGUCCCUACAGCUGGGUAGCGCCAUACGUCCAGAAGGCCGAUUCGCUCGCCGAUUCUGGCCUCACCAAGGCCGAGCAGACCUUCCCCAUCGUCAAGGAGGAUACCGAGAAGGUGAAGGGCACCAUCCUCGACUACGCUCUGUUCCCGGUGCAUGUGGGGUUGAAGGGCAAGGAGUACAUCUUCAACACAUAUGACGAUCAGUACAAGAAGACUGGCGGGGAUGGUCUUGUGACAUCAGUGAAGGCGGCGAUCUCCACGGAGAUGAAGGUCGCGAUUGAUGCAUAUUCGUUCAUCAUGAGCUAUCUGGGCAAGGGCAAGGAGACGGCGCAGAAGAAGGCGCAGGAGCAGAAGCAGGGCUAG